CAAUUGCCGAGCUGUUCUUCAUUCCCGGUGGAGAUCUGCUCCACGACGGCACUCGAAAGAUCGUGGUCGGCCUCUCGGUAUGCUUCGUGCUUGCCAAGGUCGCCGGGCUGACAGACAAGGGUCCCUCUGGGAUGUGGCGCACAGCGAACCGGACCAAGACGACGACCAGCGGCACCGUGCAGGCCAUGGACUGGGCAUCUGUGGAGAUGCAGGGCUGGCGCCCGGCGAUGGAGGACGCCGUCCGCGUGGUGGGCUCCCUGCCGGCCUCGCUGGAGCAGCGGGCCCUGUUUGCGGUGUUCGACGGGCACGGCGGC